GCCAUAGCGACCCUGACCCGGCGGCUCAGCCAAGGACAAGAACUGUGAGGCCCACUCGGGAAGCCGCGAUCGAUCGCCGGUGGGCGCAGGAGCUGGGCAUCACACGAGGGGCCCUGAGCCCCUGAUGUUCUCACCCCCUGCCAGUACCCUGUGGCCCCACACAAGCAGCUGACAUGCCAGUCUCCAAGUGUCCAAAGAAAUCAGAGCCCCUGUGGAAGGGCUGGGACGAGAAGGCCCAGAAGAAUGGGUUGAGGUGCCAAGUGUACAACAUGAACGGCGACCACUACACGGGCGAGUGGAAGGACAACCUGAGACAUGGGAAGGGAACACAAGUCUGGAAGAAGAGAGGAGCCAUCUAUGAAGGGGACUGGAGGUUUGGGAAGCGAGAAGGCUACGGCACCCUCAGCCUGCUUGAGCAGGAGACAGGAAAAUACAGAAGAGUGUACUCAGGCUGGUGGAAAGGAGACAAGAAAUCAGGCUAUGGGAUCCAGUUUUUCGGACCCAAGGAGUAUUACGAGGGUGAGUGGUGUGGCAGCCAGCGCAGCGGGUGGGGCCGCAUGUACCACAGCAAUGGUGACAUCUACGAGGGCCACUGGUGGAACGACACGCCCCACGGGGAGGGCAUGCUGCGCCUGAAGAACGGGAAUCGCUAUGAGGGCAGCUGGGAGAGAGGCCAGAAGCACGGGCACGGGCGCUUCUUCCACCUGGACCACGGCCAGCUCUUCGAGGGCUUCUGGGUAGAGGACGUGGCCAAGUGUGGCACCAUGAUGGACUUUGGUCGUGAAGAGGCCCCUGCACCCACUCAGUUCCCCAUUCCUAAGGUCAAGCUUCUGGACCCUGACGGCGUGCUCCAGGAAGCCUUGGCCAUGUUCACGAAGACAGAGGAGGAGGGAGGAGACUGAUGCCAGGAGAGACCUUGUCACCCAGCUCCUCAGACGGGUGCGGCCCCUGGGGAGGAAUACAGCUGCUGGCCAACUAACGCCCCCCAGUACCCGAGGGCUCUCUGUCAACAGAGGGGAGAGUGCUCCUCUCCCUGAGAACCUCCUGUCUCAGCCUUCACCCUGUGAGUGUGCAACAAUAAAGAACCUGGCGGCUUCCAGGACCUGUGGUAGGAGGAGGCAGCGGGAGGGCUUGGAGAGAGGCCAGGUGUAGAAAAGUUGUGCUGAGGCCUCACAGGUUUGCCUGGGGGGCAGAGGAGGGGAGUGGGCUGCCAGUCUCUGAUCCAAGAUGCCUCAAAAGACCUGGAGCCAGCACCCGCCAUACUGGCCCCCACGAGGCCUGGCCCAUCUUCGCACCCUGAUAUAGGGGUCACAACCUGGGGAUCCUGUGGAAGCUUAAAAAAACAUGAUGGCUGGACGUGAUGGCACAGGCCUGUAAUCCCAGCACUCAGGAGGCUGAGGUAGGAGGAGCGGUGCAAGUUCUAGGCCAGUCUG